UCAGUUCGUUGUCGUCAGUCAGCCAGUUCAGUUCAGUUCGGUUUUCGCAGAGGACAUCAAGGCAGAGAACCAACAGACCGAGGAAAAUCCAUCCAAGGCGAAGGCAACACCAGCAGCGAAUUGGAGCAGCAACAGCAACAAAGCAGCAGCAGGAGCCACAGCAGCAGCAACGCAACAGCAACAGCAAGCAGUCCAGUCCAGGCACAGUUGAUGCAAAAAGUUCUCAAACCAGGCGCCGCAAUCGAAUUAUUCAAACUCAAAUUCGAUUUCACUGUGCGUGUACCGGUACCGUCGUGGGUGCGUGUGUCGGUGUGUGUGUGUGUGCGUGAGUGUCCUUGAUUGUGUAUGGCCAAAAUAGAAAAACGAACAUAAAGCCAACCUGAAGUAAAUCAACACUGAGGGCGCCGCCAGGAUUCAGCAGCCCACGCAGGACUAAAAAAGGAAGCUGAAAUCAGGCCAGGCCGCAGAGGAAAAUCAAUUUUCUGUUAAAAUACAUAAAUUGCAACGAUAGACGCGUCUCGAAAAACGAAUUGACAUUGCCAUUGCCGAGAAUUGUAGUCGGCUGCAAAACUCCAAAAACUCCGCAUCCUCUUCCCCCGCCGUCCCUUUUAAACGCCAUGCACACACAUUCACGCGCGUAGCACACACACCACACGCACAAACGUGCGCGUACAGAGCAGCAGCGCUCGGACGUUAACGGUAAAAAGAAGAAGAAGACGCCGCCUGGUUAGGCCAUCAGUGGAGGUGCAACGGGGGCUAAAGGAGAAGCAGAAAGGAGUGAAGAGGAGAGAGAAGAGGAGGAGCAUCAAGAGAUCAAACUUUAAACUCUGGCGGAGACAGUCCACAAACAGUCGCGUCCAUCGAGCUAGGCCCACUCAAUAAUCAAUCGACAGAAAAAUCAAUCACAGCCUGCCGACAUCUCCAUUCAAAAAAGGCCUAACCAAGAAGCAGCAAAGAGAAACUCAGAAAAAAGAACUUCCACAAUUUCCAAUAAUAUAACAUACAAAACAAAACAAAAAUUAAAAAAACAACUAUCAACAACUAAAACAGCCUAAAAUAAUAACUAAAUUUUUCUAAUAAAGACAUCUGUGAUUUGAAUAUAAAAACGGAACAUAAAUUUAUAAACAACAAUUAUUUUCAUACUGCACUUUUUCAAAACCAACAACAAAAUAACUGAAAAGAAAAUCAAUUAAUUUUAUAGAUUUCCAAACAUAAAUCACAUACGAUUCGGUGAGCGUAUAAAAUAAAUAUAAAUUUAAAUUUAAAUAUAUACCGCGCACGCAAAGCUGACACGCCUCGAGGAUAAAGUCGAAAACCGCAAAAGCCAGGAAAAAGUAAAGCAAAAGCAAAAGCGCACCACCACAACCGCCAAGCAGCGGAAAAGCAAAAGCAGAAGCAAAGGCCGAACCACCAGCCAAGGCAGCCUCAAAUUCACACAAGGUCAACGGAAUUAAUAUUUUUUAAAUGGAAAUCAUUCCUGAAGGUAAACACUUUCGUUUGGUGCAUGAAUCAGAGCUUCCAGAAAUUUUGGUAACUUUAGAGCGCUAUCUGCCGGAAUCGUUAAAGUUUCAUCAAACCAUAAAAACGUACCUGAAUGAUCGUAUUUGGGAUUUUAAGUUCUAUGUUGCUAAAGAUUGGCCCGACAAACCGAUAAUUCUCCAUUUCCCAGGAUGCACGCUUGCGCCGCACAACAAUAUAUACCAAACGCUAGGCAUAUUUUGUCCAUCCGCACACAUCGAGCAUGUCGAUAUGCUGCGCACCGAAGAUGUACUUAUAGAUUGGCAGAAGCCUAUGUACCUGAACUUUACGCACAUCGCCAUUAUGAAUCGCCUGGAUGACUUCUACUCGAAGUUCGGUGUGAUGGAACGACUCAGUGGUGAUAUCUACGUGUGCAACAAGCUGAACGCCGACCUGGAACUGGAGCCGCUGCCGGAGGACGCCGAGAUGCGUCUGCUCAAUCUGGAUAACGUGCAGGGCAUACAUGAUCUAUAUCCUGCCAAUGAAAUCGAGUGCGUCCAGCUGUUUGACAUCCUCGUGCGCAAGCUACCCGGCCUGGGCAUCUUUCGCAAGGAAACCGGAGAGCUAGCCGCCUGGAUGGUCCAUUCAUACUACGGUGCCAUGUUCUCAAUGCAAACACGUCCAGACUUCAGGCGCAUGGGCUAUGGAAUCCGUCUGGCCAAGUCGCUGACCCAACUGGUGAUCGAGCGCGGCUACACGCCCUUCGUGGUGAUACGUCCUGGUAACGAUGCGUCCCGCAGUCUGUACACGAAGCUGGGCUACGAGAAGGCAUUCGAGACGUGCCGAGUGCGGAUGACACCGGACUGCUACGAGGACAGCACCGUGGGCACCAUUAGCAACACGUCCUACGGAAAGUUUCCGCCGCUGCCGCAGGGCGACUGCGUGGUGGUGACCAAGUUGCGGCGCAAGCAUGUGCCCGGCGAGAGCCAGACGGUGGACGAGGGCAUCGAGGAUAUGUUGGCUGAAAAAUGUGAUAUCAGCGGCGACGAGGCGAGGGAGCGCAAGACCACGACCGACGAGGGCAUCGGGGAGGACAAGUAGGCCAGGUUGGGUUAGGGAUACGAGAUGCGAGUUGAAUGAGAUUAGAGAUCGAUCGGAGCGCUACGCCCACGCAGAACUUAUGCUUAAAGCUGUAAGCACCCAUUAGGACUCUUUAGGACAGACAGGACAUGGCACACAUCAGGUGGCGUUGAUUUUUUAAACAAUUAUAUUAACGAGAAAACCAAGAAAUUGUACGAGUAUAUUUAUAGAUGGUAUAUGAAGCUUCCUCAAACAGAAAAAAGCGGCGGCGUCGAUUGGUGAAUGCGGAUAUUUCGGCCAGAAUAAUCAAGGGAUUUAUUUUAUAUGGGUAUUGAUUAGGAUUCGGUGACAAGAACUAAACCUUAACCAGGGGAAUUUAAACGAUCAAGUGAGGCGCUGAAGUCAGACAUUUUAAAUGGGGAAUCGAGGACAAAGAGAGAACAUUUUUAAUUUUUUGCUAAAAAUGCUUUUACAAAAGUGAGCUCCAAGAACGAGCAGAGAACAAAAGCCGAGUGGGGUGGCUCAAUGCAAAUGCAAAUCAAGGAGCGCAUCAAUUUAUUAAAACUAUUAUAUAUAUUAACUCUAUAUAUCAAAUUGUUAAACGAACUAAACAAGCAACAUACACCAACUACUUCUCUCUACUGGCUCGCCACGCAAAAUCUCUGAACAGGAUAAUCUCGAAUAAUCUCGAAACAACCGAAAACCGAAAAACACACGAAAAUCUCUCGCUUGGGCCAUGGAACAGAGCUAUGCACAAUUUCCUCUAUUUAAAGAAGCCGUUUCAGAAUACUACAUAUAUAUAUUUUUCAAACUAUAUUGAAUACUUUCGAUGACCCAAACGAAGUGCUUUGAUUUUAAAUGGUCGCGUACCAACCAAACAUAUUUGGAUUUAUAGGCUUUUUUCAAAUUUAUAUAUAUACAUAUAAACCCAAAACCCCAUGAAGGGAAUACGAAACGAAGCGAAAACCAAACAAAAAUACAAAAUAAAUAUAUAUUUUACUAUUACGAAAUUUUAUUAAACUACGCAAACGAGUACUCAAUGAUUUUGCUCCUAUUUAGCUGAACUAAAAAGAAACAAACGAAAUAAAAAACACGCCAAAGAUGUCUUCUGCUUCAUUUUAAGUACAUAGCCCCCAAACCCGAUUCCAAAUUACCAAUUCCUGAUUCCCACUGGCCCCUUGGAUGAUUUUCGAUGAGAAUCUGGAUCAUCUUUGGUGGCUUUCGAUUACGAAAAUGCAAAAACCGAAUCUCAAUAUGUAUGCAAGAAAAUCAAAUUAAAUGAAAAGUUAUAUAUUACAAACUGCUAUAUUGUAUGUACUCGAACUAAAAAACGAAUGAGAAAAAAAAAAACAAACACAAAAACCUAAAAGAAGCAAAUUUAAAUAAAUAACAAU